AUGUCUUUCGCACGAAUCAUUCUAGACAAUCCUGCAGUUGCUGUUCAAGAUAGACAGGAAGCUAUAGACAGGAUCUACUCCGAUCCUGGAUAUCCAGAUGCCGCCGCAAAGACAACAGAAUCGUUCUGGCUACAACAGCCUGAUCCAAAUGUUCAUCAAGUGCAGUCUUCUGGACUACCUUCUACAGCAGAUACCGUUAUCAUCGGCUCCGGAAUAACGGGGACAUCCAUUGCACUCUCUCUGUUGCAGUUUCGAGAAAAUGAGAAACAAGAUGAAAUGGACUCUAACAUCUCCAUGUCCGCUAUUCCCGCUGUCGUUAUGCUCGAAUCUCGAAAUACUUGUAGUGGUGCUACAGGUCGCAACGGUGGCCACAUACUCGAGACGGCAGAGGAGUACGUAUACUACGAGGAAACAUAUGGUGUCAAGGCGGCGAAGAAGAUUCUGCGAUUUCGCCUUUCCCACUUGCAAAUCAUGUUAGAUGUGGCUAAGCAACUCGGAAUUGAGAGCGAGUGUCAAGCACGAAAAGUGAGAUUUCUUUCCGUGUAUCUUGACCAGGAAACCUGGGCCGUGGCAAAGGCUCACUUGAAGUGUCUAAAAGAGGCAAUGCCAGAAGAGACCAAGGAAUGGGCUGGCUAUGAUAGAGAGAAUAUGCCUAUCGAAUUCAAGCUUCCAACGGCAGCGGGAGUAAUAUCAGGGCCUGCGGGAGCACUCUGGCCUUACAAACUUGUCACCGGUAUUCUCAACCAUGUGCGUCGAAAAUUCGGAGAUAACUUCCGCCUCGAGACAAAAACCCCAGUAACGAAGAUUGAAAGGAACCCGAGUGCUCAAGGCAGCUCAGACCAGUAUUCAGUAACGACACCACGUGUGCAUUGCACAAAUGCGCACGUUAGCCAUCUUGUUCCUUGCCUGCGUGGACGAGUCUACCCCGUCCGUGGUCAAAUGUCAGCUCAGACUCCCGGUGAGAAGUUCCCUGCGUACGGAGAAAAGUACUCUUGGCAGUUUAAUUAUGCGAAAGGUUUCGAUUACUUGACUCAAUUGCCUGAGAGUUCCAACGUGUCCUGUGGUGAGAUGAUGUUUGGAGGCGGGUUUGCGCAAGGCGAACAUGGCGGUCUUCGAGACAUGGGAGUUGCUACGGAUGGAGACAUGAGUGUCUAUACUGAUAUUCACUUAUCCGGUGCUUUAUCUGCUGUGUUCGGACGAGAGAACUGGGGAGUAGUUCCUGGACCAAGCGUCAAGAGCAUGUGGACUGGUACUAUGGGAUUUAGCUCUGACGGUAUGCCGUGGGUUGGCAGACUGCCAGCUUCUACAACCCAACGUGAAGGAGAAAAGAGCCAAGAUGAACUGCCAGAAGGAGGAGAAUGGGUGUCGGCAGGAUUCUCUGGUGAGGGAAUGGUGAAUGCUUGGCUCUGUGGUGAGGCCCUGGCUAUUACGUUGCUUGCUCAUGAUAACAAGUUAAAGUCUUCUAUUUCUCCUGAUAUAUCGUCCUGGUUUCCAGAGCAGCUUCUGGUAACUGAGGAGAGGAUCAAGUCGUCUUUCAUACCUCAGUAUACCGGAGAAAGUAGCUGA